AUGUCGUGCGUCAGAUACAACAAAUUUCUUGGUGUUGGGAAAUUGAUGUUUAGUGCCAACUAUUGUGAUAACACCAACACUACCUGUGAAUAUAAACUUCCGAAAAAAAAACAAAACAAGUCAAUACUUAAACUUGAUGUCAUUAUCGAAACUGAUUGGAAAGGUUUAGCAAAUGUGAAAACAGUUUAUAGAAAAACAGUAGUGUUACUAGCUGAGGUGGAAGUUUCUCUCCAGAUUGAACCAUUUGUAGUCGCGGUAGCAUUGUUGCGUGUUCAAAGUCUGUUCUCGGCUCGUUUUAUUUUCAUAUUUUAUUUUCUUCAUUUUUGUACUUUCAAUACAACGACACCACACACAGCCAUUACCAACACUUUUAUGCCAGGAUUAGUAUCAUCAUCAUUAAAUAGCCCAUAUAUCAAAGUUCUCAAUGAGAAACUCUCCAUAUCGUUGCAAUAUUUAAAUAGUCAAGAAUCGAAUCAAACAUGUGUGUUGACUUUUAUCAACACUGCAGACAAAGAUGUCAAUAUCAAUCCCACAAAACAAGCAAGUAGUGGCAGUUGGUUGAGUGGCUUGUUUGGGUUGAAUCCAUCAUUGGAUGAAUUUUUAAGCAAGUUGAAUGUUGACACAGAUGCCCCGGUCGAUUUAUUCCUUGGGUAUAUACAAUUGUUUGGAUAUGUUGUCUUGAAUUACAAAUUUGAAAUAGACACAACAUCUUUGGAGGUAAAUAAGAACCCACAAUGGUGGAAUAACACAGAAUAUUUGAACCAAUACUUAGAAAUUAACGAGAGCAAGGAUGAUAGGAUAGAUGAGCAUUUGAAAUUAGAUACAGUGCCAUUUAUAGAGAAGAAUUGCUCUGAAAAGUUGACAAUUGGAGGGAAACUAGGAGGGGUGCAAGAUUUAGUGGUCAAUAACGAUAAAAUUCUUAUAGAUAACAGAUAUCUAUUGCAUGAUUUAAUUGGUAAUUUUAACUCAAACUCGUUGUCAAAGGAAGUUCAAUUGCUUCCGCUACAUGAUCUAACCGAAGCAAUUGUGCCCUUCUAUACCACUCCUCAAUCAUUGUUAUUUACAGAUUUAUCCAUCCCGAAGAAUUCUUCUCGCAGCUUUUGCUUGAAGGUCCCGAUUAAAGAUGAUUUGCCUCCUAGUUAUAACACUUGUCUGACAGGUUCGGCAUGCGAUCAAGGAUUAAUAAGUAUCCGGUACUCAUUGAUAGUAAGUCUAAUUGAAGAAAAGUUUUCCAAUAAAACCAAAUCAGUAUACUUUCCGUUGAAAAUGAAUCCAAAAAGGUAUGGCGGAGUACAUACGUAUUUGCAAAAAAGGUAUUUUGAUAGCCCUAUAAGGUUAGAUAAGGACUGGCAAGUGGAAAUAAUAACAGACAAGCAAAAAACAACACAUCAAGAAAAGGACAUAUCUGAAAAGGGGUCUUUUUUGCAAGAUAUUUCAACAUUAAUCGAUUCAGAUUUGUACAACAUGCCUAAGGUGUCAACCAUGGAAAGAAGAAAGAGCAGUGUAAACGGCAUGUCUGAUGAAAUCAAUUCUGACGGCUACAUUUCGCAGCUACCUGACCAUUUGAAGACACAAUUUCGUUUACGUGUGAACAAUCAAGAACUAUGCACUAUUGGGUUAUCGAAAGCUUAUUAUCAUCCGGGUGAAGAUUUGAAUUAUGUUAUUAACAUAAAUCCCAAUGCAGACAACACAACAAAAGUAAUCGGACUUACUACUUAUUUAGAGGCACACGAAGUGUACCGUUUACUAGAAAAUGGGAAAAAGAUUCACAAAUAUAAGGUUACAGGUAAUGUCAAACUAAACACACUUGCUCCUUCGAUUAUCAAUGGACAGCUUUUGGAAUCCUCGUCGUGUUUGCUAAAUAAUUAUCUCAACAUUCCAAAGUUUGUUACACCACAAUUUCAGAGUAGAAGUUUUCUUAAUUUGGAGUAUCAUCUUGUUUUCCAAUUUAAUUUGAGUGAAGGAGAUUUACAUAAACAAAAGGCAAACGAGGAAAAUGAUAUGACGCCAUUCGCUAAAUGUGAUAUUUACAAGACUGAAACAAUAGCUAGUUCGUACAAGUUCACGAUCCCUGUAUACAUUUUACCAUAA